UAGGAAAAGGCAUAGCCACCCUGUCAAUCACAAUUAAGGAACCAUGGGAGUAAACUGCUAGGGAAGCUCGGCGAAACCAGUGUGUGUACGCUUAAGAUUGUUUUAAUAAUUUGCGCACAGACGACCAUUAUGCAGCGGUACUUUGUUGGACAUUUGCACCCGAGCUCGCCAACAAAUGGGAAUCGAUCCACUUCUGACUGGAAUUAGCAUGGGACGUGACAAUUUAGCAGCAGAAAAAUAACUUAGCGACUCCCAAGUUGUUUUCUUUAACAACGCUUCAGCAUUCCUGUGCGAAAAACAAAAAAGCAAGUUGCUGUGUAUAGUCGCACAAAAGUCUCUUCCAAGGAGGUUUAUAUUCACUUCAAGAGUGGGAUAUACGGCUUGUUUUGACUACAACUAGUGAGAAAUCUGUUGUGUUCAUUUCUGAGAACUGCCUUGUCGCUUCACCGAAGACUUUCUCCACCACGACCGAAGCUAAUCGGGGAACCGCCGCUCGGGCUCUCCGGGGACAGCGAACAGAGAUGAGUGGGGGAGAGGUGGUGCAUUCAGGGUGGCUGCGAAAGUCUCCUCCUGAAAAAAAAAUGAGACGUUACCAGUCAUGGAAGAAACGGUGGUUUGUUCUUCGCAGUGGUCGUCUGACAGGCGACCCAGAUGUGUUGGAGUACUACAAGAAUGACCACACUAAGAAGCCCAUUCGUGUGAUUGAUCUUAACUUAUGUGAACAGGUGGAUGCUGGGCUGCAAUUUUUAAAGAAAGACUUGGAGCACAGGUUCAUAUUUGACAUCAGGACCAUUGAUCGCGUCUUCUACCUGGUGGCUGACACAGAAGAAGAUAUGAAUAAGUGGGUUCGCCACAUCUGCGACAUCUGUGGUUUUAACUCUACUGAUGAUGAUGCUUCAAAAGCAGCUCACCCAUCAAUCACCGGAGGGCAUGUGGUGGAUACCCCCCCACACCCAACUAACAUUGUUGGACCAACGGCGUCUGUGCUGUCCGGUGUGCCACCUCCAUACCAGCCGGUUAGCGUGCGACACCUGGAGUCUCAGUCCAGCUCAGAGGAGCCGCAGGAUUACCUGUGGCUGUCCAACUGUGAGAGCAGAAAGCCUGCGCCCAACAGCUCAGUGGAGUGUCAGCCUCCACUGGAGGAGAACCAGGAGUAUUUGCUCCUGGAGGAGUGUGAGAGCAAGACUCCACAGACUAGUUUGACCCACGCCGAGAGCUCCAAAUCUACCUCUUCAGAGACGGACCUGAAUGACAACCUUCCAUCUCAUCACACGCCUACAUCCACCACUUCCUUGACAAAGCACACUUCGCACAAUGGCUUCUUCCAUCAUCACCAAACUCCAGCCUCUGCACCUUCCUUUUACGACUCGCCGCCCUCCCGUGGCGCCUCGCUCUCAAACGACGGCGGCAUCUAUCACCUCCCUCGCAGCCACUCGCAGGACACGGUGCUCCUUCCCAAGUCGGCCCCCUCAUCACAAACUCACCCGGACGGCGGGGACGCCUCUGACCUUUACGUCUUCAACACGCCGACCAGGAAGGCCUCGAUGGAGGCACAGAUGCGCAAUCUUUCUGUCAGUUACGACAUACCGCCCACACCCGGGGCGAACUCUACAUAUCAAGUUCCUCGCACACUGUCCACAUCGGCAGGGUUAGGAAGCUCAGAGUGCGGCGGAGAAGUCGUCCCUCCUCCGAGACCACCCAAGCCUUCGCUUAGUUCCAUCUCAGGACUCCCACCGCCCCCUGCGGAGCGCUCACCUACGGACACCUAUUCUGUGCCUCGCUCAGCCUCAGAGACAGAUGGAAAUUAUUGUGUGCCAACCAGUGCUGGGAGUAAAGCUUUACGCAGCAACACUAUCGGCACUAUGGACAGCUCACGACUCCGUAAAGAAAAACAAAGGAAUGAUACCAGUGGGAAGCCAAUCAGCUGAGGACAUUGAGCAGAACUAUGUCCCAAUGAGUGUCAACUCCCCGUCGCAUCAUCACUCCAGCAGUUUGCCAGAGCCAAUGCAUGACACGAAUUACGUGCCCAUGACCCCAAGUACUAUGGAGUUUUCUUCUUUGGGGAAACAGGUCCCCCCACCCGCCCACAUGGGAUUCCGCUCAAGUCCACAGACACCCCCUCGCAAGCCGGUGCUCGGAGAUUUCCAGCCACCACCUGUGGACCGAAACCUUAAACCUGAUCGUAAAGGUCAGAGUCCAAAAAUAAGAUCAAAAGAUGUUGUUUUAGAGAGAACCGACUCUCAGACCAUAGGUGAUUUUCCGCGAGGACGGCGCAAGGGAAAACCCGCUCCACUGGAGAUCAAAGCAGUACCAGAAUGGGAGGAGCACUGCACACCUGUCCGCUCACCAGUCACACGAUCAUUCACUCGAGAUUUCCCUAGGUUACCAAUGCCAGGGAGACCCCCGUCAGUGCAUAGCACGGCCUCCAGCACUGACUCCGAGGAGUUCCCUGACAAUGAGAAUUAUGUAGACAUGGACCCUAAUAUGCCCACAGAUGACCCAAUAAUGAAGAUUGCAGCACCCAUGCCUACCGAUGGUGGGAAUAGCCCUGUAGUAAAACCGAAGGGUGAUAAACAGGUGGAGUACUUGGAUUUGGACCUCGACCCUAGCAAGUCUACCCCACCUAGGAAGCUGAAAAAUGCCGGAACUGACAAUAACGCAGCAUCAGAAGAGCGCGUCGACUACGUGGUUGUGGACCAGCAACGAACGCAGGCUCUCAAGAGCACCAGGGAGGCUUGGAGUGAAGACCGUCAGUUAACAGAGAUGGACACCCCCUCCAAAGUAUCCAAAUGAACUUCUUCUUGGGUUCUUGACUACCACGUUCCAAAUCCUCAAACUGCUGGGCCUUUGGCACUAGUGUAGGUUCUGGUUUGUGCUGUCCUGUUGCACCUCAACAUACGCACAAGAGCCAGUGGAUUGUCAUAGCCACCUAUCUGACUAGCUUAUACUGCUGUCGGGCCUGGGAGCGCAUGGCGUGUACAUUUGCAGACAGCAGGGGAGUGGGCCAAGAUUAAGCUUUAUGCAAUGUGAAAGCAGUUUGAAUUGAUCAGACUUGUCUUGAUUGGGGAGGGGGGGCAGUUUGACUUGAGCAGACUUUAUGAACUUUGAACAUUCACUGCCUCUGAUCUGAAUAAAGGGCUUUUCCCCUCCAUCUUUUCCAUUACCUUUAGGCUGAUCCAGCAUUAACCUUUCUUUAAAUUGUAAAGCUGUUUGGUGUCAUUUUAAAGUGUAAAUGAAAUCACUCAAUAACAAGGUCACAGUGAUUUGUCGAUGUCGCACUACUAGGUAGCAUAACAGGUAAAUAGUGUAGUAUCUGCUGUUUUAUCCAGGCAUGGUUUUAGAGUGAUCAGUUUCACAACUUCUUUCUUAAAAAGGAUGGUUCAGAUUUUAUGAGAUACGACUCUGUGAAAAGAUUUUGAACAAUCAUUGUCUUACCUGCUGUAGAUGGCUCUUUGAGCAACCUCCCGUUGGAGAAAUGAUCAUAUUGAUGAGCGAACCUCUAGUUCAAGCAGGACCAGAACCAAAGUGUUUUUCCUACUCUCUUUAAAACAAGACACACACUACAUAGAGGUUCACACAAAUGCAGUUCUUUCAGCUUUUUCAUUUCAUUUCGUUUUAUGUAGUUAUUCCAUCAGAAAUAAUAUGAUAUAACUGCUGGAGGUGCACCAUUAUUUGUUUUUGUAAGUAACCCCAAAAAUGUGUAAAUAACUUAUGUGAAAUUGACAGCAAUGUAGAGGUUUUUAAAAUGGGGUUUCUUCUGCGACACUUUGAGCAAGAUUAUCAUAAUUUGCCGAAAUAUUUGCAUAAUGUGAAAUUGUUUACAUUGUAAAGGGUUGUAAAGUAGUAUUCUCCAUCUAUGAAAAGUUUGAAAUUAAGACAACAGAAAUCCACUUUGGUCUUGGCCUUUCUCAGACUAGCCAUUGGCUCAUUAUUCCUGUCAGAGUUGAACCUGAAGUCAUUCAGAGUCCACAUCCAACACAUUAAUUGAUCAUAAUCCACAGAACUACAACUCAGUCUGAACAGUUGCUUUAGGUUACAGUGUGUAGGUACAAUUCCACUUUAUAAACGGAGGGAGCACAGAACAGAUUUUCACAGAGAUGCAUUAAGUUUCAAUCAAAGGGCAGUUGAACUUGUUCAUUUUUAAACUAACCAAGUGCUAAACUUGAGCUUAAGGUUCACGCAAGUUUUUUUUUCUUCCAAUAAAUAUGAUCAAAAUUCCAUUUAUUUUGCAAGUGGAAAACUUUAAAUAUUUUAUUGUGAAAAUGCAAGAACUGUACAAAAGGGUUGUUAUGGAAAAAAAGGAAAAAAAAAGUCCUUUUAUUUGUAUGAACUUUCCACCGUGUUUGACUCAAAGAGAUCCGAAUUCUGCCGGGUAGAAUUCUGGACCCGUCUUAGAUGGUUUCAGGACUUUAUGAUCAAAGAAAACGAUUACUGUGAGUUUUAAAGAGUGUGACAGGUUUUCAGUUGCAGAAGGUGUCACUGUUGAGUUACAGAGAGAAAAUCAGGUACUUGUUUGUUUUUUAUUGCAAAGUAAUACAACUUUCCAGCUCUAAUUUAUUUCUCAAGUAUUUUUUUUUCCAUCAAGUCGAUGUCACGACCAGUUUUAGUUUGUUCUUGAUUCAAAUGGAGGAACAUUUGCUUUGGUUUAUUAUGUCCUGUUGGUAAAUUAAUUCCAGACGAUGAUUUCUUUCUUUGCCUGUCUCUCUCUUAUCUCAAGUUUAAUUUAUGUUGAACUAAAGUGGCAUACAAUUUAGAGAAAGUGACUGCCUCACGGGGUUAGUUCUGAGAAUUGUUUCAAAGGUUUGUCUCUACAGAUCUGCUUUUCACUAACCUGUCAUCGCUUGUUCUGAAAUCUCAACCAAGUCAUUGCUGUACAUAGUUUGCUAUCAGUUUUAUUAAUAUGUAUCUUUAAAAAAAAAUCUGCCUGAUUUUUUUUUUUGUUUUUUACUUUUUUCUCUGUCGCAGUUUCUUUGUGAUAAAAACUGCAGAAUUGACAACGCUUUAUCUUUUAUAACGAAUCUCAACUGAAAAGUCUAAUUUGAAAAGAGGACUAAUAAAAAGCAGCCUGUUAUA